AUGUCGCCCCUGGUACCGAGGCAGGAGACGGCGCUUCCCCGACCAGGGUCUUCUCACUUAGGCGCGCGCCACCCCCUUUCUGCGGCGACCUUGCGCGGACGUUCGGGAGCGGCGCGCCGUUAUGACGUCACUCUGGUCCUGCCUCCGCAGCAGCUCCAACCUCGGCGCAGGGGCUGGGCUUGCACGAAAUCUUUAUCCGCCCAGGUUACUUGCGGGUGGAUGAAGCAGGCUGACGCAUAUUUAGAAGAGACCUCAAGUAUUCAGAAUGGAGAAAAAGCAAUCCAGAUGAAGCUGGAAGCAUUGAAGAGUAGACGGGAGACCGGCAGGAUAGUAAUGGCACUCCUUCGAGGAGACAGUGAAAGAAGAAGAAGAAGAAGAACUCUUCCCUUUUGCGGCCAUCGCUGGAGCUGUAGCGGCCAAUAUGAAGGUCAGUCCGUUUUGGCCUCUGACCGGAGCACGAGCCGUAAAAGGCAUUUCAGUGCACCUUCCCACAUUCGCAGGAAGAUUAUGUCUUCCCCUCUUUUCAAGGAGCUGCGACAGAAGUACAACGUUCGAUCCAUGCCCAUCCGGAAGGACGAUGAAGUACAGGUUGUGCGAGGACACUACAAAGGUCAGCAAAUUGGCAAAGUAGUCCAGGUUUACAGGAAGAAAUACGUCAUCUGCAUGGAAGGAGUACAGGGAGAGAAGGCAAAUGGCACAACUGUCCACGUGGGCAUCCGCCCCAGCAAGGUGGUCAUCACUAGACUAAAACUGGACAAAGACCGCAAAAAGAUUCUUGAGCGCAAAGCCAAAUCUCGCCAAAUAGGAAAGGAAAAGGGCAAAUAUAAGGAAGAAACAAUUGAGAAAGUGCAGGAAUAAAGUAAUCUUACAUACGACAUUAAAUAAAAACUGUUAA